AUGGACGUUAAUAUUUUGGAAGCAGCUAAAAAGCCCAAUCCAAGCCAGAAAUCUCAACUUGAUCAUUUCAUCUACAGAACAUUUCGGUCGCUUAACAGCAAGGAUAUUCCUAAAGGGCUUUUAAAGGAUUUGGUUGCGUCAUUGACUAAUCACGCCUCUGACUCCGAUCCAGAAGUUCGUGAUGCUUCUUGUGCUGCAUUGGGUGCUAUACAAAAAUGUAUCGGUGAAAGUGCACUUGCAGUUUUCCUAGGUGCUGAAAUUGUUAAGGAUUCCACAAAAAUGUCAAAGAUUGCUGAAUAUCGUGAAAAGGCCAUUUCUGAAUGUCCUAGUGCCAAAAUUGAGUCUGUAAAGUCUGUCGUUGCAGCACCACCACCUCCUAAUGUCAAAAAGGCUGUUGAAAACAAAGCUAAAGUGCAGAACAAUACUACUAAACCGACAAUUGCUGCUUCUAACAAUAAACCCGAAUCUGUUCCUGAUUCUGUUGAGAAUUCUGAAGAUGAUGCCUCUACUCAAGUUCAACAAACCAACCAGAAGAAAGCUGUUAAAAAUUCUAAACAACAACAGAAACCUGAACAGCCCAAAGUUGAGCCAAAAGUUGAAGAUUCGGAACCUGAAUUUUUGUUAUUAUUUAAAAGUGAUAGGGCUUUGCGACUUAAAGAGGAAAAGGCUCUUAAGACUUUAAAAUGGAACUUUGACACACCUACGGCAGAACAUUUAGAACAAUUAACUAAUUCCUUGACUUCUGUGACAAAACCUCCGUUGACUGGACAGUUGUUUAAUAAGGAUUUUAAACAACAAAUUAAAGCUAUUGAAUAUCUUAAUGAGGUUUGUGUGAAAUUAUUUGUUUUUUCAAGCGAGCCUCUUUAUAAGAUACCCUCAAUGCUAGAUACACCUCACAUCAGUUUAGGAUUUUUGUGGGUUGGAUUUAUUGUGUUGCAGAAUUCGUUAUUACGUUUUUUAAGCGAUAUAAGGGGUUUGGAAGGAUAA